GCCGAGUAUCGGCGCCGAGCGGUGGCCAACAGUGACAAACGGGUGGCGCUUAUGGCUGAACUACUGGCGCACAUUCGCACCGUUAAGCUGUACGGCUGGGAACCGGUAUUCGCCAAACGCGUCAUAGAAUAUCGCCGUAAGGAAAUCCGGUGGCUCAAGAUGUGCCAAUACUUGCAGUGCGUGAGCACAUCCCUGGCCGUCACCGCGCCGUUGAUCAUAACAGUGAUCACAAUUUUGGUCUAUACCAGCGCUGGUGGGGGUGAUCUCACGGCAGCCAAAGCAUUCACCCUGGUGAUGGUCAACUACAUGGCCGCCCACGGUAUCCGAUCCCUACCCAUAUAUAUCCGGGACAUUGUUAACGGCCGGAUAGCGUUGGCCCGCAUUGAACGGGUGCUGAAAUGCCCAGAGAGGGCCGACUAUAUCGCUGCCAACACCAAUAGCCCUACAGUUGCGAUACAUCUAAACCACGUGACAGUCGCUUGGGAUGAGCAUAAAGAAAGUGACCAACUGUCUACUACUACAAUACCCCAGUGGUUAACCGGCAUAAACCUAGAUGUGCCCGUAGGGGCGCACGUGGGCGUAAUUGGGGCGGUGGGCGCCGGCAAAACAUCACUAUUAAGGACAAUACUCGGCCAAAUGGCACUCGUAUCGGGUCGGGUAGGCCUGAAGGGGUCGGUAGCCUACGUAGCGCAGGAGCCCUGUAUACUAAACACUACAAUUCAAGACAAUAUCACGUUUGGCCAGCCGUACGACCCGAACCGAUACCAUCAGGCAAUUCGGUGCUGCGCUUUAGGGCCGGAUUUUGGGGCACUUCCGGCCGGCGAUCGGACAGAGAUCGGCGAACGCGGUGUCACUUUAUCGGGCGGACAGCGCCAGAGGGUCAGUCUGGCCCGGGCUCUGUACUCGAACCGCGAUGUGUACCUAUUGGACGACCCCCUGUCCGCCGUCGACCGGACAGUUGGCCGCCAUAUAUACAGGGAGUGCAUUGAUAGGGGACUGAAAGGUCGGACUGUGCUGUUGGUCACCCAUCAGAUCGAGUGUUUGGCGGGUAUGGACUUUGUUGUGUACGUACGCGAGGGUCGAGUGGUCCGUAUGGGUCCGCAUCGGGAGCUGUACGACACGGAUUCAGAUUAUAGGCAACUCAUCGACUCUUCCGACGAUAUAAUGACAGCUAAUGCUGAAGAAGACGUGACUAAGGAUCAGCUCAAAGACACCACGAAUGGGACGAUAACACAGUCUGUACGGCACAGGCGGUCGGACUCCGGUGUGGUAACGGAUCCGGACUCCGGCGACGAGGCCUGCGAUUCGUACUCUAAGCUAAUGUCCGGCCGUUUAAUGUCCGACGAAAGGGUCGCCACAGGCGGUGACAUAUCGUGGGACACGUAUUUGGCGUACGUUAAAGCCGGCGGAGGACCGCUGGUCACUCUAUUGCUGAUUGCGUGGCUGGCACUGCAGGCCGGGUGCAACUCGUUUGCCAACUGGUGGUUAGGCUAUUGGUUAGCGCAGGGAUCGGGAAAUACCACACAAACCGGUGCCGCACAUCCCAACCAGUCUAGUGUUGCCAACAGUAUACUUAACAACCCGGACCUUAGCAUCUAUCAGACGGUAUACGGAUUAUCAGUAAUAGUGGUAGUUAUGACAACCCUAGCCUUGGGUUACGGAUUCACCAAGGUCACUUUGGGUGCCUCUAAACGGCUACACGACCGGGUAUUUCGGCGAGUUUUGGACAGCUCUCUAGCCUUUUACCACACCGUACCGGCGGGUCGGGUGCUCAACGUAUUUGUGCGCGAUAUGGACGAAAUGGACACUCAGGUGCCGCAGGCUUUGGACGGCUUUUGUCAGCGCCUGAUGGUUGUCCUGUGCAACGUCGGCGUAAUCGUGUUUGUCUACCCGUGGUUUAUCGCCCCAUUCGCUGCGCUAACCCUAGCCUACGGGCUAAUACACCGGCUGUUCAGAGGGGCCACCCGUGACCUGAAACGGCUGGAAAGUGCCGCCCGAUCGCCGGUCUAUAGUCACGUGACGGCCACUAUAGACGGCCGGUCGACAAUCACAGCCUACGGCAGGGAACGCGAGUUUGCGGUUAGACUACAGGCGCUGGUUGACAGGCAAUCGGCGGCAAAUUUUUUGUAUCACUGCUCAGUGAGAUGGCUGUCCACUCGGGUGGAUAUUUUGUGCGCGUUGGUCACCCUAUUCGCCGCUUUGUUUGCCGUGUUUGGUCGCCAUUCGGUGGGCGCCCCCUUCGCAGGGCUGGCACUGGUCCUAUCCAUACAG